AUUUCAGAAGGCAGAUCCGGUGUGGAAGAACUAAUUCACAUUACUUUAUCCCUUGCUCCUAAUUGGACCUAGCUCUUCAAAAAUGGCUUCAAACGGAAUGUUAUUCUGCAUCUUCGCUCUCAUUGCAGCACUCUGUGUGGUGACAGAGGCUGGAAGACCAGGCGAGAUCAGGAAAACGCGGCACGUUGUAGGAGCACCACAGAAACAGACCAUGUUUGACAUUCCCUUCGAUCAAACCAAUUCGGUGCCGGUCGCUGGCAGUGCUGGGUCCGUCGGGGCGUCCAGCGUCUUCGUCAUGGAUUCCGGGUCUUCCGAAGAGUCCGACCUCGAUAUGGACGUCGACAUGGCUGAUAUGGACACCGACGCCAAUGAAGUCGACGCCGGCGACGCACCCGUCAUGGUCGGCGGUAACCAGGUGAAUGGAAACCUUCUGCCCUUCCUCAGCAAUGACCGCGGAGAUGCAGUUGAAGCCGGAAAUGCGGACUCUCUGUUGAGCAGGACGUCUGGAUCGUCGGCCCGUGGUGUCGGCAUCGCCUUCGCUGUCUUGGGUCUUCUCACCGUCAUCGUAGCCGCUGCAGCGUUCACCCUCAGGAAAUACCGACAUAGCAUCCCGGUUAUUGUGCGUGUUUGA